GGAGUUUUGCAGUGUGUCGAUCAUCGGAGGAAGGCGUCAAUUUUUUGUUGUGUUUGUAGCCGGAUAACUUCACAUAGCAGCUGAAUGGCUAUUGAGAAGUCGCCGGAUUCCCUACCGGCUGGUUGGAUUCGGGAGUCUAAGGAGCGACCGAACGGUAGAACGGAUUGGCUCUAUAUAAAUUUGAAAACUGGAGAAAAGUGUCGUUCCAAGAUUGAAGUUUCUCGCCAUACUAAAUCUGGAAAUCUCUGCAGUGACAUGCCUCGACCAAAUAGAAGAUUCUCAAGAGAUAAUAAGAAGCAACUUGUGGUGCAAAUGGAGGAUUUGCCAGAGUGGUUGCCCACUGGCUGGAGUAUGGAGACCAAAACCAGAGGGAGUGGUACGACUGCUGGAAAAACAUACAAGUGUUACAUCUCAUCGACUGGAAGCAAAUUUUAUUCGAAGGGAGAGGUCUUCCGCUAUCUCGAGAAUGGGAAGAUACGCGGUCACACGUCUGAACCGAACAAAAGAGACACUGCAACACAUUGUCACUCAUCUAAACCGAACAAAAGAGAUCCUGCAAUGCAUUGUCUCACAUCUGAGCAGAAGAAAAGAGAUGCUGCAAUGCAUUGUCCCACAUCUGAACCGAACAAAAGUGGCGUUGCAAUGCAUUCUACCAAAUCUGCAAGCAAAGUUGUAGUGGAGAAGCAUACAGAAGAGGGGUUGCCUCCAGGAUGGAUUAAGGAAGUCAAGGUUACUAAAGUGGCAGGUCGAACCAGAAAAGACCCGUAUUACAUUGAUCCUGUAACUGGAUAUGAAUUCCGCUCCAAAAAGGAUGUCUUUCGCUAUCUCGAAUCUGGUGAUCUUGGGAAGUGUGCAAUUAGACCAAAGAAAAGACAGAUCAGUGACAUGGAGUCUAUAGAUGGAGAGGUCUCUGCACCUACUGCAGCAAAAACGCAUAAAAUAGCAGGCAAUGCAACAAGGAGAUGCCUCUUCACAGGCCAGAGCUCAAUAUCGAGUAAAGUUGUAGAUGACGAACUGGUCCUGGAAUCCUCCUCUGUGGUGGAAAAAUGCUUAUCAUUGCCCUUUUGUUCUUUAGAUGGGGAAACUUCUCAAAUGAUUAGUGAUCACCAAGAAUUUGAAGGCAUAAAUAAUGUGGAAGGGAAGAUGGCCCUUGCUGAAGCCGGGUUCAUUUCAGCUCCUGCGGCUGAGGUCUUUCAAGACAGGCAGCCCUUAGAAAAACUCCGUUCUGCAGAGGGGGAAAACUCGAAACUGACUAGUGCAGCCCAAGAAGCUGGAGGUUUAGAGAAUACAGUAGAUAAGAUUGUCUGUGGUAAAAAAGGUAUUGUUUCAUCUCCUGAAGAGAGGCAUUCUUCAGAGAAACCACGUGAUGCAGAUGGAGAAAGCGCUGAACUGAUCGGUGAAGCUCUAGAAUAUGGAGGCUUAGAGAAUAUGGAAGAGAAGAUGCUCUGUGCUGAAAAAAUUCCUAUUUCAGCUCCUGCAGAAGCGGUCUCUCCAGAGAAGCACCCUUCAAAGAAACUGCAUUCUGCAGAUGGGAAUAGCUCUGAACCAGUUAGCAUAGCCCAACAUGAAUCUGAAGGCUUAGAGAACAUGGAACACGAGAUAGUCCGUGCUGAAAAUGGGCUUAUUUCAGCUCCUUCAGCCGAGGUCUCUCCAGAGAAGCAGCCCUCAGGGAAAAGUCUUGGAAAGCGUAAAAGCACGGCCCAGCUUCGCACAAUUAGUACCCAAGAUGGAAAAAAAACCCUGUUGCCUCGUAGGGCUUCAAAACGGCUUGCUGGUCUCGAAGCUGAGUUGGCACCAGAUCUAGAUAUGUCGGAACGGGCCCUUCGAAUGGUGGGUAGACAGUCUGUUAAUGUUGAAGAAAAUCCAGCUUCGGUUGUGAAUCCAAGUAGUCACAAUCAUCAGGCAUCUAAAGAGGUGGACCCACCACUUGAGGCUGCUGCUGAAGUAGUAACCACACCUCUUACUUCCAGAGGUUCGGUAGUGCUGUUAGAUGAAAAUGCAUCCAAGGAAGGUGAAAAGCCUACCCAUGACAAAGUUGCUCCAGAGGAACCCAAUAGAAAGUUUGACAGUGAGAAACAGUCCACAGAGAAGCCAGUGGAUUCAUCUAUCGUCUUGCCUUUUGGAGACUCGUGGCCAGAUCCAUGCCUUGAAUUUGCAUUCAAGACGCUCACAGGUGCAAUUCCGGUGGAUGAUAAUCUAGUGAUUGGUGAUUAUGUGCAAGAGAAUCUCAGCAUGGGUCAGGACCCGAGCUUCACAUUGCCAGAUCUUGGCUUAGAUGGCUUUUAUCAAACUGAUAUUCUGUUCCAGUUUGGUGCAACAGAGAAAUCGGCAGCCAAACAGCAGUCUCCAGGAAAGUCUACAUGUACAUCUCUAGGGAAUUGUGGUAUGGCGGCUUCUGUAGAUAGUGCCUUUCAGCAGCAACAUAAUGGGGAAGGGGGCAAAGAAUGUUGAAGGAGAAAAGGUAAGACGAUUAAUAAUAGACAGUAAAUCAUUGAAAAAAGGACUCUGUAAGAUAGCUCAAGCACUGUUUUGAGUAUUAUUUGG